AUGCUGCACUUGUAUGUGCCUCUGCUCGCUCUAACUGCUGUAAGAUUGGCCUACAGCGAGGCUGCGAAUGAAUCUCAGGACUCCCUAGGCCCCCUGAUUCCUGAUAUACCGGACCUGGACUUGGACGCACUACCAACCGAGGCAGAGCCGGAGAAGGAGGUUGCAUCAGGAAACAUCGGACCGACGUUGCCGAGCUUUCCCAUUGAUCCUAUACCCGCGGAAAGCGGCGAGUAUAAGUCGUACGAUGAUAUGGCUCGUGAUGAGGACGAUGAUGAUUCGUAUGCGACUCGGCCGAUCAACGAGGAUGAUAUGAUAGACGAGGAUGACAACGUCUCUGUCGAGCCCAGCUCAGAUGAUGUCAGCAAUGACGAGGUACCAGAACAAGCAUUCCUCACGCCUGAUAUUGAUGCUAAUGGGACCUCCGACUCCGCUGGAGAAGCGUCCGAUAUUACCAAUCGACUUACUGAUGAGCCUCACGCGUCGUCCGAGGAUACUCUAAGCGAGCCCGAGGAGCACGGAAACGAGGUGCAGGCUACUGGCCCGGAAGAAGUUGCCGAUGAGGAUGAGGAAUCUCCAACAGAGGAACAACCGGAGACGGGAGACUCAGUCGAUAAAACAUCAGAUGAAUCUACUGACGAAGCAGAGGAAGCUGAGAAGAACGAAGAAGGAGGAGGAACAGAUGAGCGAUCGUCGCAGAUGACCACGGCUGAAAUACUGGAGCAUUGCCCUGCUGUCUCUUUCGAGGGCCGCCCAUAUUCUAAGAUUUCCUCCAUCUGGGGUGGCGGUUUCAUGGUACCCCAUGAACAGGGCGAGGAUCAUGACGAAUCAUCCUCCGAUAGGAUCGAGUGCGCUGGAGCCGAGUCUCGACAUGAGCCCGGCGCUCGUUAUCCUGAGGUGUCUACCCUCUGCAGGAAACCCGGCUCAGAGGGGGUAUUUGACACGUGGGUUAGUCUCAAGUGCUUCAACAAAGAGGCAGCAAACAUCGUAGCCCGGAAGUGGAACACGUACUCGGAUAGCAAGAUAGCCGCCGCAUGCACCACUCUCGACUUUGGUGAUCGCAUGGAGAGAAUCAGCGAGGUGAACAAUGACAGACGUGAAAUUGAGUUCGUGGAUCCGAGCAGCGCUGCCCUACGCUGUGAUGCGGCCACUUCCCACCCUACUACCGGCACCGGGGGCCUGUCUCUCACCUGCUCCGGGAUAAGCGUGAAGAUCCUGUGCUCCUCGGACAACGCCGCGGCGUUCUUAGCCGCUGAAUGGGACGCCCCGGUUUCCCACCCGAGACCUCCAUCUCCCCCUGAUGUUGGACCUCAUAAGGAGUCGGAGCCCGUUUCCUCGUCAACUCCCAACGAACAUGAAGUGAAGCCACAUAAGGAUUCAUCAGGAGUAUACCGCGGAUGGCCUGCUCCGACCCCGGUGCCUGCAUCCAAGUCGGUUGCACCGGGGCCUGUGGCUGAGCAGGAUGGAUGCUCGCAAGCCUCCGUACGUGGUGCUGGUAUUGUCGAAGUGAAGGAAAUUCACAAAGGGACGAUCACGGUCGAAUUACCAGACACAACUUUCCUUCAAAGGACUGGUCCCCAACUAGUCAAAUACGAGUGUACCGGUCUUAAUCUGCCGUCCCGAGGGCUAGCUGCUCGCUACUCUGUUCGACAGCAGUGCCGAGACCCAGCAAUACCUGCGUCAACAGCGGACGACUAUAACGUUAGGGUAUCCCUUAUUUGUGAGGGGAAGAUGGAGGUGGACCAAGCCGCUCAAGUCUGGGGAGAACCAGCCCCGCUGAAUAACAACGCGACAACCACAGCUGUUUCGACUGGCGACGUUACCCAAGACUCGGUGGUGGAGGUCGAAGACCAUACGACCGGUCAGAAGCAGUAUAAGCAGCUAGUAUUGAAUCCAACAGAGUACGAGAAGUCUCACUUGAAGGAGCUGAAGCUGAAUCUGAGAGCAUUGAAGCACGGUAAUCAGACAAUCUCGAGCAUCAAUACAGAGAACGACAAGAUUGUCAUCCACUCGAGAGAAGCUGAAAAGAUACUGGACACAUUAAAACGUGACGCUGGCACGGUCCAUGUGAAGACUGCAUGA